ACCCUCGGGCCGCCCGGGCGGAGCAGCGCAGGAAAGUUCCUCCGUCGACGGCGGCGCCGGGCGGGCAGUGCAGCGGCGGAGAGGGCAGCGCCGCGGGCCGGAUCCCGCCCCUGAGCUGAGCAUGGCGGCGGCGGCGGCGGAGCCGGGAGCCGCGCAGGCCGGAGGGGGCUGACUUGGAGCCGCCUGCGGGCUGGAAGCACCGAGCGCGGAAGAGGCAGAGAGCGAGCGAGCGAGCGGGGAGGGGAUCCCUCCCAGCCCCGGCAUGGCCCGCUGGAUCCCCACCAAGCGCGAGAAGUACGGCGUCGCCAUCUACAAUUAUGAUGCCGUCCAAGAUGUCGAGCUGUCCUUGCAGGUUGGUGAUACAGUUCACAUCCUGGAGAUGUAUGAAGAUUGGUACAGAGGAUACACUCUUCGGAAUAAAUCCAAAAAGGGCAUCUUUCCAUCAACGUACAUCCAUCUGAAAGAGGCAACUGUGCAAGAUGGCGGACAACAUGAGACAGUAAUUCCUAGUGAGCUGCCUUUGGUCCAGGAACUCACUUCCACUUUGAGGGAAUGGGCUGUGAUCUGGCACAGGCUGUAUGUGGAGAACAAGAAGUCUCUCUUUCGCCAAGUGCAGCAGAUGACCUAUAGCCUAAUUGAAUGGCGGUCCCAGAUCCUCUCCGGCACCCUUCCCAAAGAUGAGCUGGCUGAACUCAAGAAGAAAGUCACAGCCAAAAUAGAUUAUGGCAACAGGAUCUUGGGGCUGGACUUGGUGGUACGGGACGAUAAUGGCAACAUCCUGGAUCCAGAUGCUACCAGCACAAUUGCGCUCUUUAAGGCACACGAGACGGCAUCCAAACGAAUAGAUGAAAGGAUCCAAGAGGAAAAGUCUUUGCAGCAGAAUGUAGACCUGCGGGGACAGUCUAUUUUCAACACAACCCACACGUACAGUCUUUAUGUCAAUUUCAAGAACUUUGUCUGCAAUAUCGGUGAGGAUGCGGAGCUGCUUAUGAGCCUCUAUGAUCCCGACCAAUCCAAGUUCAUUAGUGAAAACUACCUGGUUCGUUGGGGAAGUAAUGGAAUGCCAAAGGAAAUUGAAAAACUUAAUAACCUUCAAGCCGUCUUUACGGACCUGAGCAGUUCUGACCUGAUCCGGCCUCGAAUCAGCUUGGUGUGCCAGAUUGUGAGAGUGGGCCACAUGGAGCUCAAAGAGGGCAAGAAACACACCUGUGGACUCCGGAGACCCUUUGGAGUGGCAGUGAUGGACGUUACUGACAUCAUCCAUGGAAAGGUGGAUGAUGAAGAGAAGCAACAUUUUAUUCCCUUUCAGCAGAUUGCCAUGGAAACGUACAUCAGACAGCGGCAGUUAAUCAUGGCACCUUUAAUAACCUCUCAUGUGAUUGGAGAGAAUGAGCCUCUCACGUCUGUCUUCAACAAAGUCAUUGCUGGCAAGGAAGUGAAUCACAAAGGGCAAGGCCUCUGGGUUUCUCUGAAACUGCUGCCUGGUGAUUUAGCUCAGGUUCAGAAGGACUUUUCUCAUCUUAUUGACAGAUCUACGGCUGUGGCCCGCAAAAUGGGAUUCCCAGAGAUUAUAUUGCCUGGUGAAGUUCGGAAUGAUAUCUAUGUGACCCUGAUGCAUGGGGAAUUUGACAAAGGGAAGAAGAAGACCCCCAAGAAUGUCGAGGUCACUAUGUCUGUGCAUGAUGAAGAUGGCAAUCUCUUGGAGAAAGCUAUCCAUCCAGGUGCUGGUUAUGAAGGUAUCUCUGAAUACAAAUCAGUUGUCUACUACCAAGUCAAGCAGCCUUGCUGGUAUGAAACUGUCAAGGUGUCCAUAGAAAUAAAAGAGGUCAGCCGCUACCACUUAAGGUUUACAUUUCGUCACCGAUCAUCACAGGAAUCGCGAGAUAAAUCAGAAAAAGCUUUUGGAAUGGCUUUUGUGAAGCUGAUGAAUGCGGACGGUACCACUCUGCAGGAUGGCAGACAUAACUUAAUAGUCUACAAGGGAGAAAACAAGAAAAUGGAAGAUGCUAAGUUUUACCUAACUCUGCCUGGCACCAAAGUGGAGAUGGAGGACAGAGAUGGUCUUCCAGCCAAACAUCAUGUAGCCAACUUUACCCCAACCAAAGACAGUACCAAGGAUAGCUUUCAGAUUGCAACUCUCAUCUGCUCCACAAAGCUGACACAGAAUGUUGACCUACUGGGGUUGCUGAAUUGGCGUUCAAACUCCCAAAACAUAGGACACAACUUGAAGAAGCUGAUGGAGGUGGAAGGAGGAGAAAUCGUCAAGUUCUUACAAGAUACACUUGAUGCACUUUUCAGCAUAAUGAUGGAGAUGUCUGACAAUGAAACCUAUGACUUCCUUGUUUUUGAUGCACUAGUAUUUAUUAUUUCACUGAUUGGAGACAUCAAAUUCCAGCAUUUUAACCCAGUACUCGAAACUUACAUUUACAAACACUUCAGUGCCACCUUGGCCUAUGUAAAACUUACCAAGGUUCUAAACUAUUACGUUGGAAAUGCGGAUGACUCCAGCAAGACAGAAUUGCUCUUUGCCGCUCUAAAAGCCUUGAAGUACCUGUUCCGGUUCAUAGUUCAAUCGCGAGUUCUGUACCUAGGGUUUUACGGGAAAAGCGAAGAUGGAGAUGAGUUUAACAAUGCCAUCCGCAAGUUGUUCCUCUCUUUUAACAUCCUGAUGGACAGGCCUCUUGAGGAGGCUGUCAAGAUCAAGGGUGCUGCCUUGAAGUAUUUACCAAACAUCAUCAAUGAUGUGAAACUGGUAUUUGAUCCUGUUGAACUCAGUGUCCUCUUUAGCAAGUUCAUCCAAAGCAUCCCAGAUAACCAGCUCGUCAGACAGAAGCUCAACUGCAUGACGAAGGUUGUGGACAGUGACCUAUUCCGUCAAUCCGAAUGCCGAGAUGUUCUCCUGCCUCUGCUCGUGGACCAGUUAAGUGGUCAGCUGGAUGAUAAUUCCAACAAACCUGAUCAUGAAGCUUGUUCACAGCUCCUUAGCAAUAUUCUGGAGGUUUUGGAUCGGAAGGAGGUGGGACCCACAGCAGCUCACAUCCAGCUGAUUAUGGAGCGCCUGCUGAGGAGAAUAAACCGGACAGUGAUUGGAAUGAGCAGACAGUCUCCUCACAUUGGUAGCUUUGUCGCCUGCAUGACGGCCAUCCUGAGACAAAUGGAUGACUCCCAUUAUACCCACUACAUCAGCACGUUCAAAACCAGACAAGAUCUUAUUGAUUUCUUGAUGGAAACCUUCAUCAUGUUUAAGGAUCUGAUUGGCAAGAAUGUCUAUGCAAAUGACUGGAUGGUCAUGACCAUGACACAGAGCAGGAUUUUCCUCCGAGCCAUAAACCAAUACACCUCUGUGCUCAACCGUUUCUUUCUCGAUCAGGCAAGCUUUGAACUACAGCUGUGGAAUAAUUACUUUCACUUGGCAGUGGCCUUUCUUACCCACGAAUCUCUCCAGUUGGAGAGCUUCUCCCAGGCUAAACGGAGCAAGAUAGUCAAGAAAUAUGGGGACAUGAGGAAGGACAUUGGCUUCAAAAUAAGGGACAUGUGGUACAAUCUAGGGCCUCACAAGAUCAAGUUCAUCCCCUCUAUGGUAGGCUCAAUCCUGGAGGUGACCUUGACACCUGAGCCCGAAUUGCGAAAAGCAACCAUCCCUAUAUUUUUUGACAUGAUGCAAUGUGAAUUUAACUUCAGCGGGAGCAGAAACUUCCAUAUGUUUGAAAAUGAGCUGAUAACAAAACUGGAUCAGGAAGUUGAAGGUGGUCGUGGGGAUGAACAAUACAAGAUUUUGCUGGAGAAACUCCUGCUGGAGCACUGUCGGAAGCACAAAUACCUCUCAAGCUCAGGCGAAGUGUUUGCUCUCUUGGUUAGCAGCCUGCUAGAAAACCUCUUGGAUUACCGGGCCAUCAUGCAUGACGGGAGUAAAGAAAACCGCAUGAGCUGCACUGUCAAUGUGCUGAAUUUCUAUAAAGAAAAGAAGAGAGAGGAUAUCUACAUCAGAUACCUGUAUAAACUCCGGGACCUACACACAGGCUCUGAAAACUACACCGAGGCAGCAUACACACUUCUCCUUCACGCAGAGUUGCUCCAGUGGUCUGAUAAGCCAUGUGCUCCACAUCUGCUUCAGAGGGACAGUUACUAUGUCUAUUCGCAGCAGGAAUUGAAAGAGAAACUCUAUCAAGAAAUCAUUGUGUUCUUUGACAAAGGCAAGAUGUGGGAGAAAGCAAUCCAGCUAAGCAAGGAACUUGCUGACAUGUAUGAGAACAAAGUUUUCGAUUAUGAGGGCCUUGGCAAUCUCUUGAAAAAACGGGCCACAUUCUAUGAGAACAUCAUGAAGGCAAUGAGACCCCAACCAGAGUAUUUUGCUGUUGGGUAUUUUGGCCAUGGAUUCCCCUCCUUUUUGCGGAACAAGAUCUUCAUCUACCGUGGCAAGGAAUAUGAAAGGAGGGAAGACUUCAACCUGAAAUUACUGACCCAGUUUCCAAAUGCUGAGAAGCUGAGCAGCACUGCUCCACCCACAGAAGAGAUCAAAACGUCUCUUAAGCAGUAUGUCCAGUGCUUCAUAGUGAAACCUGUAAUGAACCUCCCACCAAACUACAAGGACAAGCCUGUUCCAGAGCAGAUUCUAAACUUCUAUAGAUCCAAUGAAGUGCAACAAUUCAGAUACUCCCGGCCAUUCAGAAAAGGAGAAAAAGAUCCUGAGAAUGAAUUUGCAACUAUGUGGAUUGAGAGGACCACCUACACAACUGCCUAUUCCUUCCCAGGAAUCCUCAAGUGGUUUGAAGUCAAACAGGUUGCAGUGGAGGAAAUAAGUCCCUUGGAGAAUGCCAUUGAAACGAUGGAGCUGACGAAUGAGAAAAUCAGCAACUGUGUUCAGCAGCAUGCCUGGGACCGCACCCUGCCCGUUCACCCUCUCUCUAUGCUCUUGAAUGGCAUUGUCGAUCCGGCCGUCAUGGGUGGAUACACCAAUUAUGAGAAGGCCUUUUUCACAGAGAAAUAUAUUCAAGAACACCCUGAAGAUCAAGAUAAGAUUGAACUGCUCAAGCAACUGAUUGCUUUACAGAUGCCUUUGCUGGCUGAAGGGAUUCGGAUUCAUGGGAAGAAACUGACAGAACAGCUGAAGCCUCUUCAUGACAGACUGACCUCCUGCUUCAAGGAGCUGAGGGAGAAAGUGGAGAAGCUCUAUGGUGUGAUAACUCUGCCUUCUUCGCUGACGGAGAGAAAGCAGAGCAGGUCUGGGUCAGUGGUUUUGCCCUACAUCAUGUCCUCCACUUUGAGGAGGCUCUCGGUUACCUCUGUGACUUCCUCUGUGGGAUCAACAUCCUCUACCUCAUCAGACAGUACUUCCUCCAGACCAGGAUCAGAUGGAUCUAUUCUUGAACCACUGGUGGAAAGGAGGAAUUUGACAUCCUCCAGGAUGGAGGAGCUCCCGGCCAAGGAUGAUGGCGAGAACCGGACUAAUAAAUUCAGGCGGAAGGACUGGAGCCUCAGCAAAUCUCAGGUCAUUGCAGAGAAGGAGCCAGAGGCUGAGCUGACUUCCAACAUGAAUGCAUCAGGAAAAGCACCAAGGCCAAAGAGUCUCCAGCUGGGGGAGAGCAGACUGUCGCUACUUCAGGGCUCAUCACUGCAGCAGGCCACACCUCUCAGCCCACUGCCAACUACUCCCAAAACGCCAAGAACCCAAAGCUUUCCUUCUUUGCAGGCAGAUGGAUUAGCGACUCUUAACUUGCAGAGCACUCCACCCCCACCUCCACCCAAAUGCAACAGCAGCUCAAGGAACUCCGCAGAGGUCGCUCCACCUUUGCCCAACAGGCGGGAAGUCAGGCCUCCCCCUCCUCCUCCAAAAGCAAGGAAAUCCAGUGUCAUUUCUUCUGAUCCAGGACUGCAAUGAAAACUCCAGGCCAGACCCCCCCCCCCGUUGAAUGAAAUGUCUGCUGUCUUGUUUCAUGUAUAUGUUUUUCUUCUCUUUCCGGACAAACAGCUGCACCCUCUUCAGCCAUACAAAAAUAAGCCGUUUAAUCUGUGUCAGUGAUUUGCUCUUUGAUUCCCAAGCUUCUGAUUUUCCCAAUGGCACAUCAAGGCUCCAAGCAUUAACAUGUUGGCCUUCAGCCUGCUUCUGAGCUUUGACAGGUUCAGCCGGCCAAUGAUCUGUCUGUUCCAACCCUCUUCUUCUGAUGCCUGUAAGGCAGCAGCUGUGUUAAAGCUGUUUUCCUUUGUGGAGUUCUGCACUUUAUUGGUGAUUGUUGGUCUUUAAACAGAUUAUAAGAAGCUCCCUGCAGUAUCAGGCCAAAGCAUCCUGUUCUCACAGUGGCCAACCAGUUGCCUGUGGGAAACCCACAGCCAGGACCUGAGUGCAACAGCAUCUUCUCCCCACCCCCUGAGAUUUCCUGCAACCUGUUUUAAGAAUCCUGCUGCCUCCAGCAGUGGAGGAUAGAACACAGCCGCUUAUAGCCUUCUCUUCCGUGACUUUGUCUAAUCCUCUUUAAAGCCAGAGGGAAGCACUGUAGCAUGGAAGGCGUCCUUUGACGUCCAUCAAGGCUGCAAUGGAUUCUCAUGAGGAGUUCAUCUGCACCCAGGCAAAGACGAUGCUGGAACAGACGGUGUAUCCACAGAGCAAGCUGCAGCCUUCCACACAAGCUCCACAAGUUCAAGUGACCUUUCCUAGAUGCUUUACUUGGUCAAGUACAUGGAUAUUAUUCAGAAGAUUUUUGUCGAUGAAGAGAGGCCACCAUCCCCAUGACCCAUUUUGUUCCACUAUGUACAGUUCUGGUAUAGAGCAGAAAUUCUCAGUACUUCUUUCUCUCAGGACUUUGCCAGUGCUGUCAUUUAUACUGUCAGUUCCUCAUUUUGUCUUAACUUAUCCAGUUUUUGCACACAAACGGUUAAGUACACUACUACAACUUCUUUUCUUACUUUUACCGAAAUUGUUGGUGUACAUUUUUUGGUUCCUCUGUCGAAUAGCUUGUUACCUUUAAGACUGGCUUGAAGAUGUAAUUAUCCUUGAGAAUUCAGAGGACAGAUUGUGGACAAUGGUGCUUCCUGGUCUCCCAAAGCAAGAUUUGUAAAUGAAGACCUGUUAGCAACUGAACUCUUUGCUAAGCUGCAAGUGUAUGUAUAGCCACGUGUCUAGGCCUGUAAUGUAUUUACACUCAUGGGUUUUUUGUUUGCAUUUUGUAAAAUAAUGCUUCCGUGUUUCCUUGUUUUGUACCAGAGGCUCAUCGCCUAACCCGAGAGAGAGAGAGAGAGAGAGAGAGAGAGAGAGAGAGAGACUCAGAUAUAUUCCAGAACUAAUCCAAAUUGUUGGAUUAGUCAUAUUCAGACUUUCCGUUCCCCCAGGCAACUAGAAUUACAAGAGGGUGAGUUGAGUAGGUGCUGGCUAACACCACUUCUCUCUUUCACAUCCUGUGCUGGAGGGUGACCAUUCAUGACAAGCAAGAUCCUAAAUCACACAGGAUAUAGCAGGCUCUCCGCUGCAGGCUCUUCCAAUACGUGGGGGUUGAUUGAUUGAUUGAUUGAUUGAUAGAUUGAUUGAGUUUAUUUGCAUGCUCCAUUUCCACAGUGAGCUUUGCCCAAAGUGGCUUGCAAUAAACGUUCAAGAACAAAGCAUUGGGGUGAAGGAGAGAAGUCUGUUUACAAAACAUCAAUAAAUUAAAAUAGGGCAAAAACCAUAAAUUUAGCAAACACAGAAUAAAUUUAAUAUUACAAAAGAAAUAAUGUUGAUGUAAACAAGUAAGUACAGAGCAAAAAGAAAAUCAACAAUAAAGUCCUACCUGCUUAUGCAGGUCUUCUUUCAUUGCAAGGAGCCUUAGCAAAAACAGUUUGGAGGGAAGAGGUCCUCUCACCUGGCUAGAUGGCUUACAGCUUGUUGCUCCUUGUCGUCUCCAGGGGAGAGAACCAAAGGGAAAUGCUGAAGAUGGCAGUGAGGGUAAGUCCUCUUCCCAUUGCUGGCAGAGGUCGCCUUGCACUGACUGGGGUGAGCGUAGGGCAGGUUGGAGGGGGAAGGGUCAGUCAUCAGCCCCCUUCUCUUCUCCCUUGUGCAAUUCUAAUUGUGUGAAGGAAUUGAAAGUCCAAAUAAAGUUUUAAUGUUCGUCCACUUUAGCUUUACCCUGUAGUCACAGGGUAAACAAAGGUGUAAGUGGUCAUUUUCUAUUUUAUGUGCAUUUGGGCAGCCUUAAUCUGAUCUCCUAAUCAUUUGGUUGCAUUGAUCUCUGUGUAGUUCCCACUUCCAGGAAUAUGACAUAAGGCUUUCUCAUAUAGUCAAGCCCAAGAUUGCGCUUUGCCCUUCAAAGCAGAGAUUGUAUAAAAUAAUUAAGGAAAGAGUAAGAAUUCAAAAUGUCUGUGAUAGAAGACCACAGAUGCGUGCCCUUGAUUGAUCAGGGGGCACAUCCAUGUAAUUAACAAAUUGGAACUGUCAGAUGUCACUCCAGACACUAAAAGCAUGAUGAUUGGGUUUUGGAUCCAAAUUGGGAAGGAGUGGCGCGUGCUUGUGUGCUUACAGCAUCAGUUUUCAUUCCUAAGUUUUGUAUUGUGUGUUCAAGAAACCAGAAGCAGUUAGUUAAGAUGCUCUGCUUCUAAAGACUAACUUGGUGUCCUGUGUUCAGCAUCUCUCCCCACAAACACAAAAAGCCACUUUGCGUUUGCUUCAGCCUCAGUGGCUCAAGUCCAUGUAUCCACCCUGGGAAAAGUGGCUACACAGCUGAGGUGGGGACUUUAGGGUUAUACAUAAUGAUUUUUCCAUUUUUCAAGAUGUAGCCUUCAUUCUGCCUUUGGUUUUCCCGCCUUUCCUCCAAGGAGCUUCCCUCUUUUAAGAGCCACAGCAACCGGGCAAAGGAGCCAUAGCUCAGUGGCACAGCACACACCUUGCAAGCAUGAGGUCCCAGGUUUUCUCCGCAGUAUCUCUUCAGCUUUUUAAAAAUAUAUUUGGAAGGUGACUGGAAGAAUUGCUGCUUGAGACUCAGCUGUUAAUCAGGAUAGAUGAUGCCGAAGGCCAGAUGGACCAAUUGUCCAACCGAGCUUGAGGUUUGACCAGGUAUAAUGCCUCAUGUAAGUCUGAUUCUCUAUUCAGUCACCAGAUUAAGAUUUAUGCCUGAUAUGCAAAUUGGGCACCUGCAUCCAUUUGCAUAACUGGAUCUUUUCUUUUUACUGUGCCUAAAGUAGAAGCAGGCUGCUUCUCACAUCAGGUGCAAAUGCAGCUGGUGUAUUCUGCAAAGCUGUUACCCUUCCAAGGCCAUAAGGUGGCAAUCUUUUUGCAUCUUCUUCUUCUCACUGACUGAGCUUGCCACAUCUAAUCUUUUCCCAGCGAAUUUCUCCAACUUCUGUCUGACUUUAGAUAAAGGCUGCCUUCCUUUUACUGCCCAGGUGCCUCCAGGAAACAGAUUGCAUAUGCUGGCUGGGGGAUGGGAGGGUUCAUAGCAGAUUCUCAUCACAAAGCAAGUGUUGGAUGUUUUCAAAGGCACACUGCAUAAGGCUCCAGCUGUGCUGGUUACAUGGAAGUGUCUUAAGAGCCCCCCUCACCAGCCCCAUGGGGAAAGCUUGGUGCAUCUUCCUGGGGACAUCCUGGCCAUGUUUCACUCCCCUUUUAGGGUGCAUGACAGAUGGCGCCAGCUCUGUGUUAAUGUGCCUAGAUAUAUAUAGUUCUUGAAUUGGAAACCUGGAUCCUAUUGACUGCUGUCUUCCCUGGACAAGGCAGAAAAAGCUCAGAGUCCUGAGCCACCUUCACCAACUGAAAUUUACUGCUAGCUUUGAAAAGCAUUUUUUGUCUGCAAGGUUCUAUUUCAUUAAAUGUGCAAUAUUGCCUUUCAUGGUUUAAGGUUUGUCCUCUGUGGCAACUUUUAGUCUGCAUCUUUUUCAGUCCCAGGAUUCUAUACUUAAUCCCAAACUGUAACAUUUCACACACAAAACUGCAUUAUACUGAAUCAGUCAAUUGGUCUUUGUAGCUCAGUAUUUGCCUGCAACAACAGUGGCUCUCCAGAGAUCAAAGCAGAGUGUGUGUGUGUCCCCCUCACCACCUUAACUGGAUAUGCUGGGAAUUGAAUUUCGGGUCUUCAGCACACAAAACAUGUCCUUAUCAAACUGUAGCCCAGACUCAAAGAUGCAGCCCUCUUCUCUGCAUUCUCAUGAACUUACUUGGAAUCUUUUAUCCGUUGUGCCUGUUUUCCUUCUCUCCUUUUAGGAACCACAUAGCUCCUUUGUUUUUAAGAGCAUUAAAAACAAAGAACCCAUUAAACCAUUACUCCAUUGAACCAAUUCACUCUAUCUCCGUCCCUCUAAAAAGAAAUACAAGCUAAAGAAAACAGUGUUGAUGCAUCACCUGCAUCAGUUUCACUGCAGCACUGCCUGCUGACUAGCUUCUCAUGUGCGAUAUAGAACAUGAUGAAAAGAAUAAAGCAGGGCUUGUGCUCUGAAGAUGCUGCAUCAAGUUUGGGUCUGAAUUGAAGACCACCUGGGAACCUAAUGUACUCCAGGCCCAUCGUGGAAUAAGUGCAGGGUAUCAAUAAAUAGGCAGUGCUCUCCAGGGAUACACUUGGAGUUUUGGGCACGCCAGAGUUGGCUCUGUUUUAUUAUCUUCUGUGAGUUAGGUUUUGCUGUGUUAACGCAGUGGAAGGAAUCUUUGGGAAAGCAGCAGGUGGCACAUCUUGCAUUCCACACUGCAGAAUGAUCAUGUUAUUGCUAAAGGUGGUUUCUCUCUCUGCACAGUUAUAUGUACACCAGCAAAUUGUUAUUCCAUUUAAGCAGUGUGUAUGAAGGCAACUUGAGUUGAGAGGACUUCCUUUGAGAGAUGUUUUAUAGUGCAAAGGGUACACCCACAGAUUUGUUAAUGACUGCUAAAUGCCGUUCCUAUUUUUGUUUGCCCACCCACCACGCCCCACAUCAUCACACCUGUAGAAGUAUUGUUCAGUUAAAACUUUAUUUUCAGUACAGGAAUUAUUGCACCAGACUGACCUGCCUUAUUUAUUUUUAUAACUGUAAAUGAAAAUAUUAAAAGAGAAAACCAUGAUUAUCUAUA